UCUCCGGACAUAGCUUUUCUCUCUCUAGCAUUUUCCUGCUACAGUUCUCCAUCUCUCCUUCUUCAAGCUUAAUAAGAAACAAAAUGGAAUUCGUGGACCAUUACAAAACGAUGCAGAGGCCAAAAUUUGAUUGUCUUCUCUUUGAUCUGGAUGAUACUCUAUAUCCUCGUAGUAUAGGAUUGGCUGAAGCUUGUGGCAAUAAUAUAAAAGACUAUAUGGUUGAAAAGCUUGGAAUAGAGAGAAGCAAGAUUUCAAAGUUGAGCGACUUGUUGUACAACAAUUAUGGAACAACAAUGGCAGGUUUAAAGGCCAUUGGCUAUGACUUUGAUUAUGAUGAGUACCACAGCUUUGUUCAUGGAAGAUUACCUUAUGAGAAUCUAAAACCAGAUCAUGUGCUAAGAAAUCUUUUGAUUAACUUGCCAAUUCGAAAAGUUGUUUUCACUAAUGCAGACAGCGUUCAUGCUUCAAAAGCCCUCAAAUUACUUGGAUUGGAAGACUGUUUCGAGGGAAUUAUUUGUUUCGAAACUCUCAACACUGUAUCAGAUGAUAUUGAGUUUGUGGGAUCGAGAAUGAACCAAACCACAGCAACAAGCAGCAGCGAGAUCUUUGACAUAGUUGGGUAUUUCUCCCAACAGAAUCCAUCUUCUGGUUUACCAAAGACACCUGUUGUGUGCAAACCUUCUGAAGAUGCCAUUGAACGAGCUCUCAAGAUAGCAAACAUCAACCCCCAUAGAACCCUAUUUUUCGAGGACAGUGUUCGUAACAUACAGUCUGGGAAACAAGUAGGGCUUCAUACUGUGCUGGUGGGGACAUCACAAAGAGUUAAAGGUGCUGAUUAUGCAGUAGAAAGUAUACAUAAUAUUAAGGAGGCAAUACCAGAGCUAUUAUGGGAAGGUAAUAAUAAGGUAGCUGAAAAGGUAAGUUAUGCUGAGAAAAUGGCUGUUGAGACUUCUGUAAUUGCUUAGUUGUUUAGGGAGAGACAAACAGGGGAUUAAGUAAACAAAACUUGUUUUAAUUGAUUAAUCAUCUGUUCGAUCGUGUUUAUUUAUAUCGGCCCUGGUUUGUUUAUAAUGUAAUGAAUGUUGUUCAUAAUAAAAUGUUUAUUUCUUCUAU